CACUAGUCAGCAGCACUCCCUCCCCGCCUGCCGUGCGAGAAUAAGCGAGGGAAGAUUCGCCUCCUACGCGACGCCCCGACCCCGAUUCCCCGCUCCCUGUCUUCUCCUCUUCCCCCCUCUCUCUCUCUCUCUCUCUCUCUCGGUCUCUGUCUCUCCCACGGCGCGGCGUUCGGCGGUCGAUCGAGCCGGCACGUACGGCGCGGGAGGCCGAGAUGGACCCGCCGCCGCACUCCGGCCGCCGCCGCUGCCGCGAGUACCUGCUCGCGCUCGAGGAGGAGCGGCGCAAGAUCCAGGUCUUCCAGCGGGAGCUGCCCCUCUGCCUCGAGCUCGUCACGCAGACUAUCGAGGGGAUGAAGAGCCGGAUGGACGGCGCCGGCGGCAGCGAGGAGACGGUCAGCGACCACGGCCCCGUGCUCGAGGAGCUCAUGCCGCUCAAGCCCAGUCUCUCCGUCUCCUCCGAGGAGCACGAGAGCAGCGGCGGUGCCGGGAAGAGAGAGGAGGCCGCAGAGACGCCGGACUGGCUCCGGUCCGUGCAGCUCUGGAGCCAGGAGCCCCAGCAGCGGCCGUCAUCCCCGUCGUCCCCGCGCAAGGAGCCGCUGUGCAAGCCGGUGGCGCUGAGCGCCCGCAAGGCCGGGGGCGCGUUCCAGCCGUUCGAGAAGGAGAAGCGCGCCGAGGCGCCGGCCUCGUCGGCGACCACGGCCGCUGCGAGCUCGGCGGCGGCGGUCGUCGGGGACAGCAGCGACGAUGCGCCCGCCGACACUGACACAAGGGAGAGGCCGCGCAGCGACGACAAGGAGACGAGCAGAGACGCCGAGGACAAGGGGGGUAAUAAGAAGGACAGCAAGGGCGGCGAAGAGGGCCAGUCACAGGCGCCCGCCCGGAAGCCUCGCCGGUGCUGGGCGCCGGAGCUCCACCGCCGGUUCCUGCAGGCGCUUCAGCAGCUCGGCGGAUCCCACGUGGCGACGCCGAAGCAGAUCCGGGAGCUCAUGAAGGUCGACGGCCUCACCAACGACGAGGUCAAGAGCCAUCUGCAGAAGUAUCGUCUGCACACGAGGCGGCCGAACGCGACGGCGACGGUCCAGAGCGCCGGCACCAGCGCCGCGCCGGCGCCGCCCAUGCCGCAGUUCAUCGUAGUAGGAGGCAUCUGGGUGCCGCCUCCGGAGUACGCCGCGGCGGCGGCGCAGCCAGCCGGCGGCGACGCGCCAGGAACGACGACGACCGCCGGCACGGUGUACGCUCCGGUGGCGACGCUGCCGUCCGGAGUGCAUCGGCCGCAGCCUCGGCAGCAGGGCCCGCCGAGGCAGUCGAGCGGGUGCUCGGACGCCGGCCGGCGCAGGGGCGACGCCAGCUCGGGCUCGCCGGCCGUGUCGUCGUCGUCGCACACCACCUCCGCCUGAGCACGCUUCGCCGCCCCCUUUCCCUUGACGCUUGUGAUCCUAGUGUAGAUCGAUCCGACGGUACAGACUACAGAGAGUGUGAGAGAGACGUAAAUCUGAGAGUGCUUUGAUUUCAUGGUGCCAGCUUAGCUAACUGCUGCUGCUUAGCUUGGAUCGCGAUCCCUGCAGGCUACACACCUAGGUUUGUUUGCUGUUCUAGUUAACUUAUUUUGAUGCGUCGCACGGUUAGGAAGGCAGUACAUUGUUUGGAAGUUGGAACUUCAGAUCAGUGUGGAUUCACAGGAGUGAAGCUGGUUCGUUAUAAAUAAAAUCAUCUACUCAGAUAUCAUCCA